ACCACCUUCUUCAUUUCUGCUCACCAAAGCUUCUUCUCAAGCUGAGUGACAUAUACAUAUAUGAAUAUAUAUAAAAUAUAGAUACAUAUACGCACGUACACCAGCACACACAAUUACAUAAAGACAGUUCUUGAAAUUUCUAAAUUAUGGCAAGCUCAAGAUUGUUAGGUGCUACAUUAUUGGUCUUGCUUCUUGUAGACGUUUGCUUUGCUGCUAGGUCUUUAAAGGUAUUCAUUGGUAGAGGAGGUGGAGGUGGAGGUGGAGGUGGAGGUGGAGGUGGAGGCGGAGGUGGUGGUUCAGGCGGACUUGGUUCUGGUUAUGGUGAAGGUUAUGGAUCUGGAGGAGGUGAAGGUUAUGGUUCUGGAGGAGGUGAAGGUUAUGGUGGUAUAGAAGGUUACGGUGGCGGCGGAGGUGGUGGAGGUGGUGGCGGUGGUGGCAGUGGUGGUGCGUCUGGUUCUGGUAGUGGAUAUGGUUCAGGCUUUGGGUCUGGCAGUGGCUCCGGUUAUGGGUCUGGAAGUGGGAAAGGAGGUGGUGGAGGUGGAGGUGGUGGCAGAGGUGGUGGUGGUGGUGGAGGUGGAGGCUUAGGACAUGGAAGUGGAUCUGGUUACGGCUCCGGAUAUGGGAGUGGAAGCGGAUAUGGAAGUGGAGGAGGAAGAGGAGGAGGAGGAGGUGGAGGUGGCAGGGGCGGCGGCGGUGGAGGAGGUGGUGGCAUUGGGGGUGGAAAUGGGUCUGGGUAUGGCAGUGGGUCGGGUUAUGGUUCUGGGUCUGGAUAUGGAGGAGGAGGGUAUGGUGAUUACCCUUAAGCAAGAACAAGAUUAGGUAGUAAUUUAUAGAUAGAUGAGUCUUGGCAUUGGCCAUAUGCGAGAAUAAAUUUGCAGCUGCUCUCCACCGCCUGCGGCGGUGAUAGUGAUGGUGCAUUUAUGCAUGUACGGCUAUGGAAUAAUGUACCUAAUACCUAAAUUUAUUCACUAGUUUCAUGUUUCACAUUUUAUAUGAUUAAUAAAAUUUUAUCUUUUACGUACUUUUUA